UACCGCACGUCCAUCUGCUCGUUGUCAUGGAGGAGCAAAGAUGGCGAUACUGGCAUACAGCCUGGGCAAACGGGAAAUAAAUCAGUAUUUUAGCAUUAAGAAUGCAAAAUUGCUGUCUCUCGUUGCUGUCAUUCUCCUUACCGUGUUCCACGCAGUCUCUCGGCAUUAUGGAGGCCGGGACACGUGUGAGUGGCUCCUAUCCAGUGGACGGUUCCUAGGAGACAGCGCAUGGCAGCCUUAUGGCUGCAUGAUGCACAAGUACAAAAGCAUUGAAGCAAAAGCUUGCCUCAAUAAUAAGAGAAUAGCAUUCAUCGGGGACUCUCGAAUUCGUCAGCUCUUCUAUUCUUUCAUUCAGAUUAUCAACCCUGAUACAAGGGAAGAGGGGAACAAGCAUGAAAACAUUCCCUUUGCAGAUAGAGAAUCCUCUGUGAAUGUGGACUUUUUAUGGCAUGCAGAAGUAAAUAAUUCCAUGAAGGAGCAGUUGACGUCAUGGACAGAGAAACCCUCUUCCAAGCCAGAUGUCAUCAUCAUUGGUGCUGCUACUUGGUCUAUUAAACUGCACAGCGGCAGCAGCGAGUCACUCCUUCAAUACAAAGCAAACCUCACAUCUUUAGCAGCACCAUUGGAAAAACUAACCGAGCACAGUGAAGUCUUUUGGGUCGUACAGGGUCCUGUCUAUGAAAAGAUCUUGAGCGAGAAUCGUAAGAUGAUUACCAACGAGCAAAUUAACUUAUAUAAUGCAGCAGCACUCAGUGCUCUGAACAGCAGCAAGAGGAACGCCAAGGCUAUGGUGAAGUUCCUGCAGUCGUCACGGCAAGCUGCCUUGGAGACCAUCACCCAAUCAGAAGAUGGCCUGCACCUUCCUGUGAGCGCAAGGAACGUGGGGGCCAUGGUUCUGAUGAACUCCCUAUGCAACAAGAUCCUGAUGCCUAUCGAUGGUUCGUGUUGUCAGAGUGUUCCUCCACUGAGUGUGCUACAGAAACUGGCUGCUGGACUUUUCCUGGUAGCUGCUGUCUGCUUUCUGGUGUUGCAUGCGCUCGGCUACACCGGGCACUGGAAGAGCAAGCCUGUGUCUGAUAUUGAGAGCGGUGAGGAGAAGAAACCUCCCACGGCUGCAUUUCCGCUCAUCCUAAAGAACGUGUUACAGUCCAUUUGCAAGAUGGGUCUCAUCAUGCUGUACUUCUACCUGUGUGACCGAGCGGACAUCUUUAUGAAGGAGCAGAAGUUCUACACACACUCCACCUUCUUCGUCCCACUCAUCUAUAUAUUUAUGCUGGGGUGUUUCUACAAUGAGAACACUAAAGAGGCCAAACUGCUGAACAGAGAACAGACUGAUGAAUGGAAGGGCUGGAUGCAGCUGGUUAUACUUGUCUAUCAUAUAUCCGGAGCCAGUGCUUUCAUACCCGUGUACAUGCAUGUCCGUGUCCUGGUGGCAGCUUAUCUCUUCCAGACAGGAUAUGGCCACUUUUCCUUCUUCUGGUUAAAGGGUGAUUUUGGACUCUACAGAGUGUGCCAGGUUCUCUUUAGACUCAAUUUCCUGGUGAUAGUGCUCUGCCUUGUGAUGGACAGAUCAUACCAGUUCUACUAUUUUGUGCCUCUGGUUACCUUUUGGUUUGUGAUUAUCUAUGCCACAAUGGCUGUGUGGCCACAGAUUCUACAGAUAAAAGCCAAUGGCAGCAAUUUAUGGCACCUGGUACUUGUAUUGAAACUGUUGGUGUUACUUCUUUUCAUUUGCUUCUUUGCAUACUCGCAGGGUUUUUUUGAGAGUAUUUUCUCCGUGUGGCCUGUUUCAAAGCUCUUUGAACUCCAAGGAAGUGUCCAUGAGUGGUGGUUCAGGUGGAAGCUAGAUAGAUUUGCUGUCAUCAACGGCAUGCUGUUCGCCUUUAUUUACCUGAUAUUGCAGAAAUAUCAGAUCCUCUCCGAGGGGAAAGGCGAGCCGCUUUUCUCCACCAAGAUUUCCAACUGCUUGCUCUUUGUAUCAGUGAUUUCUUUCAUAACAUAUUCCAUAUGGGCAAGUAGCUGCAAAGAUAAGACUAAAUGCAAUGAGAUGCAUCCCUACAUAUCUGUGGUGCAGAUUCUGGCAUUUGUUCUCAUCAGGAACAUUCCGGGUUAUGCUCGUUCCCUGUACAGCUCCUUUUUUGCAUGGUUUGGAAAAAUCUCAUUAGAGCUCUUCAUCUGUCAGUACCACAUCUGGCUGGCAGCUGACACAAAGGGCAUCCUGGUCCUUAUUCCCGGAAAUCCCUCUCUAAAUAUUAUCAUCAGCACCUUCAUCUUCGUAUGCGUCGCUCACGAGAUCUCACAGAUCACCAAUGACCUGGCCCAGGUAGCCAUUCCUAAAGACAGUGGCACACUGCUCAAGAGACUGCUGGCGACUGGACUCUUCAUGGGGCUCGUCCUCAUGCUGUCUAACAGCCGCUGGGCCUGAGACAGAAGGAGUUUAGCGUACAGACUCCUGAGUGAGUUGAUUGAUUGGAACACAUCCUGUUUAAAAGGAAGUUUUAGGAACAGACUCGUUGCUGGCACAGUGCUGCUCACUAAAUACACCCUGAGCAGCAUGUCUUGGAGCAAAGCUCAUCAUGCAGUAUUUAGUUUAUGAAGACAGUGAACAUACAUUUUAUACAGAAUGUAUGCCGUGCCUUUUGAGUUCUGCAGUACCUGUGCUCACCGACUGACUUUUCAAAUAAGACUAAAUCUGACACCAACACGCGAGGGAAUAGAAACAACCUCUAUUCCAUCCAUGUUUUGUACAGUAUUUAAUGAUUUAAAUUAAGUUUACUUUGUACAGCGGUGUAUUUGUGUCGCCUUAAUGUCCGGUCUGUCAUUUCUAGUCGAUUUUUGAAUGCUGAGCCCAUGUGGAUGAAAUAUAAAACCCCAUUCAUGUUUCCUCCUUCAUGAAGUACACAUCGAACCAUAUGCCAACAGCUUCUUUCAUCACUAGUCAGUUAAGUACUGUGUAAACAACAACAACAACCUUAAUUCUUCUAAAUCUCAACCAGGGUAUCCAUGGGUCAUUAAUAAGUAUUACAAAAAUAAUUAAUUAAUUCUUUUCAAGGAAAAUCAAGCUUUAGAUGCAUUAAAAAAAUCUGGAUUUUUUUAAUUUAUAUUUGCUAAUUUAAUGAAUUUGAAUAUAUAAAAGCCAUCAGUGGCCUUUAGAAGAACAGAACUAUUUAUGUGGAUACUUUGUGUACUCUUUAAUUUUUACUAUAUCUACUACUAUUACUGAAGUACGCAGUGGAUAUUUCCUGGAUUCUUGGUGGCUUUUAUGUACUCAUAAACUGUAAGUAAAUUAGCUAAAUAUCUGAAGUACAUUCAGAUGUAAUAUGUUUUUCGUAAAUUUGGGCCUUCCACAGGUACGCCAAUCCUGUCUAGUAACGUUUGUGCGUUUUAUUUCUUUCCCUCCCCUUGCUACAGUGACCCUCCGCUCUAGUAAUACAGACAUUUAAUAGACUUUAACACAUCAAGAAUGCUCGGUUUUCAAACAGCUCUUUUGAUAUUUACCUUUUAUUACACUUAUAAACAGUGUAAUAAGUAUUUGAAAAGGCAUUAACAAUGCCUCAUCGUGGCAUUAAAAAGGAAUUCUCUUAUACCAGGUGAACAGACACGUGACAUUUUUAUCAUCAAAAGGGUCAAUGCAUAAACUACUGAAAGACUGUUUAUCCCAAGACACUGUACAGUAAUGUACAUCUGGAGUUGUGUGACAGUUUAUUACCCUGUUAUUUAUUAUUACAAAUUUACACAUAUAUUUAACCAAGCUGCUUUGUUGUUCUAAUCCUGUGAUUUGAAUAUUGAUGGCGGACCAAAAAAAAUAAAUAAAUAAAAUUACGUGAGAGGCAGAAUCCCAUCGAUGAAGGAUUUAUGAGUAGGGAAAGGCUUUAAAAAGUGCAGGAGUUCCAUUAGACCAACCUAAGCUAAGCUUUAGUGGAGUUAUGAAUUUUCAGAAUAACUAUAGUAAAUCAUUUUAUUCUAUAUGUAUUAUUCUGCUUACCGCUUUUACAUUUCAGUAAGUACAAACAGCAAAGCAUACUGUCCCGUGUUGUGAAUGUAAAUCUUUACUCUGUUACUGUAUAUUGAUGCUAUAAGGAGGUUUUACCUUUUAAAGCUACUAACAGGGAGUUUAGAAAUACAGUGCUUUAAUCCCUCAACUGAAAUUGAGAAAGCAUUGGAGUAGAUUUAGACACAUCACUUGUACACAUUUUCUUGUUUGGGACUAUGGCAGCUGGUAAAAUGUGGCUAUAUGGUAAAUAUCUAUAAGCUACAAGAUGGAUUGAAGUUUGUUUUUCUCUUGACAAGUCUAUUAAUUGUUUUUUUCGAGCAGGAACGGUUUUAAACAAUCCUGCUGGUGAAAUCAGAUUUUUUUCAGUUAAAUUAUGGCCAUGUUUAUCUGAUCUACUUUUAAAAAGGGCCACUAGGUGAAUGCUAGCUACAAUGAUCAGACAUUUGUAAUUUAACUUUGUACCAUAGCUUUGUUUCAUAGUUGUUGUAUUUUGCAGAUCUACAAAAUCUGCGCUAUUUUAGCCUUUUCUUCCAUUAUAGGAAGACAAAAUAAAGACAAGAUAAAAAGUAAACAAAUACCUUGUGUAAAAGUAAGCGUUUUCCUGAAGUGGCGUUUAAGCCAAACUGCAGCUGUAAUCUGAUGGAUUUACUCCACGUUACAGCUAUUUAUCCAAUUGUAAAUGUGUGGAUUUUAUUUUUUAAGACUUUGUUCAAACAUUUUCUAUAGUUUAGUUUGGACCUCUGUAAAAACAAGAUUCAUACCAUGUUAAUGUAAAUAUAAAAGUUUUGUCCUGAAAUGUGAAAAGGUUUUGUUGUUUAGUCAUUGUCAGUGAUAAAAUACCUUGCUGAA